GUGGCUUUGGGGGAGGUUGACGUGAGACGCUCAUUCAAUGCUUGUAAAAGGCGGGCUUUUCUCGUGUGGGGAACGGCAGUAUUGGUUGCAAGAAGGAUCGCGCUUCGCAGACAUGUUUUUGAAAAAAAUAAGAAGCGUGUGAGGAAGCCCCCUCCCCUUCCUUCCUUCCUCCUCCUCUCUCCGCUAUUCCCAGCGUGGUGUAAGGAGAGGCCGAGCGUGCAAACAGAAAGCAGGGCCUUUGAGGAGGAGCUGAGCACAUCAAUGGGCUGUUGCUGCUACCGGCGUUCUCCACUUGUUCACUGAACUGACUGGAUUUGUAUAUAUUUCACACUGCAACUUGGCUGACGGCCUCAUUAUUUAUUCUUCGUGAGCCUAAUGAACCUUCUCUGGCUGAGCCCCAACUUUGAAAUUCAUAUUUUAAACUCGGUUUGUGAACCUCGUGGGUUGGACUUGAACUCCAAUCACCCUUUUCCAAUUUAAGUAUCAGCUAUCAUCACUUGUGGCAAUUGAACUGUGGACGAGAUCAUGGGUCUCUGCUUUCAUAACUGGAUAUUGGUAGUGGCGAGCUGCAUCUAUUUUUGCUCUGAAGCCUCGAAGCUGAACAUUCCCAAAGUAUUGCUCCCUUUUGCCAGAAGCACAACGGUCAACUUUACACUGGAGGCCACGGAAGGAUGUUAUAAAUGGUGGUCAACGAGACCAGAAGUUGCCAUCAUUGAACCUGUGAACCCAAGUGACCAACACUGUUCACAGACAGCAGUUGUUUUGGCACGUGCAUCUCAAGCAGUCCGCCUCACCAGCAUUAUUUUUGCUGAAGAAAUAGCAAUUGGCCGAGUUUUGCGAUGUGACGUGAUAGUUGAUGUCAUCAGUGAAAUUGAAAUUGUGUCGACAACUCGUGAACUUUACUUGGAAGAUUCUCCACUGAAAUUGAGAAUCAGGGCUUUGGAUUCAGAAGGAAACACGUUCAGCACGUUGGCAGGAAUUGUAUUUGAAUGGAAUAUAGUGAAGGAUGCUGAAUUUUCUGGAUAUUCGGAUUCCCAUAACGCCUUAAGAUUACUUAAGUUUUCUGAAUCUACCUACAUUCCACCUACUUACAUAUCAGAGAUGGAGAAACAUGGCAAACAGGGCGAUACAAUCUUGGUCUCAGGAAUGAAGACGGGAAAUUCAAAAUUGAAAGGGAAAAUACAGGAAGCAAUUUACAGAAAUGUGCCUGCUGCAGAGGUUCGACUCCUAAUCCUGGAGAACAUUAUGCUAAAUCCAACUCAUGAUAUCUACUUGAUGGUGGGCAGCUCUAUACGUUACCGUGUGCAGAAAAUGAGGCAAGGGAAGAUCACAGAACUAAUGAUGCCUUCUGACCAGUAUGAAUUGGAGCUGCAAAAUAGUGUAACAAGUCCAGGGGGAGUUGCAAAUCGACCAGUGGGCAAACUAGAGCAAGCCACAUCGACAGUAACCGCACUGCAGCAAGGGCAAAUGAACAUGGUGCUAAUGCACAAGAAUAUUCAUAUGCAAGGUGUAUCCCGGUUACCAAACUGCACCAUAUACGUUGUGGAGCCACGUUACCUAGGUUUUACAGUUCAUCCUGGGGACAGAUGGAUUUUGGAAACGGGUAAAGAUUAUGGUCUAACAAUUGAAGUGUAUGAUAAAGAAAGUAAUAAACUUUAUCUCUCGGAUGAUAUCAGAAUUAACACUGAAAUUCCAACGGAGUAUUUUGAAAUUCUGGAGACCUCUCUGAAUGGAUCAUAUCACCAUGUGAGGGCAUUGAAGAAGGGACAGACUAUAAUUGAUGCAUCUUUAAUCAAUGUGGUAUCACAGAAAGGAGUUGUGCAUUCCCUGCUUGUCCCAGUACGGAAUCAACAAGAAGUCGAAAUUUAUAAUCCAAUUACCCUUACACCAAAUAUGUUGACGUUUCCUUGGCAGCAAGUGGCUGGAGCUUACCAGUAUGCAAUAAAGGCAGAAGGUGGCAGCGGAAAUUUUACUUGGUCAUCAUCCAAUCAAGCUGUGGCAACAGUGACUGUAAAAGGAAUGAUGGCAACGGGGAAUGUAAUAGGGCUAAGUGUAAUAAAAGCCCAUGAUGUUCAGAAUCCAUUACACUUUGGACGAAUGAUGGUUUAUGUAAUCGAGCCGAUCCAGAUGGAGUUUGCACCGUGCCAUGUGGAAGCCAAGGUUGGGCAGUUAUUGGAUUUGCCGCUCAAAAUCUACGGUCUUAUGGAUGUGGAAACGCAGGAAAAAGUCAUGCUAACUGACUGCUCCCAUUUUGACCUUGUGACAGAGAUUGAAAACCGUGGUGUUUUCAAAAGUAUAGAGGGGAGACUGGAGCCAGGGACCAUGCACUGCAGUGGAAUAAGAGUUCAAGCUGAGGCUCCAGGCUAUACCAAUCUUGUAGUUAGUUAUAGCCAUGGCCAUGUGUACCUUACUGCCAGUAUCACAAUUGCUGCCUAUGUGCCACUUAAAGCUGUUGAUCCAGUAUCUGUGGCUUUGGUAACUUUGGGAUCCUCAAAGGAUAUGCUAUUUGAGGGAGGACCCAGGCCCUGGGUCCUGGAGCCUUCAAAGUUCUUCACAGAUCUUACAGCUGAAAAUGAAGAGAGUAUCAGUCUUCAUCUUAUAAGUUCACCUGCAUUUAGAAACCAGCCAAAGCAUUUGGUUAGAGCUACCUGCAUGGCACUGGGGGAGCAGGUUUUGGCUUUGACAGUUGGGAACAAGGCUAGCUUAAAAAACUCCUUCCCUGCAGUGGAGCCAGCUGUCGUUAAAUUUAUCUGCUGUCCUCCUUCAAGGCUUUCAUUGACUCCUGUGUACCUGAGUUCUCAGUUGGACGUAUCAUGCCCUUUGCUUCAGCAAAAUAAGCAAGUUGUUCCUGUGUCAAACUAUCGGAAUCCAGUUCUUGAUUUGGAAGCAUAUGACCAGCAAGGGCGUAAAUUUGACAACUUUUCUUCCCUUAAUAUUUUUUGGGAAUCAUCAAAGCUUUCCUUAGCCAGCAUUGAACAGAACAUGCCUAUGCAAAUAAAUGUAAAAGAUCAUGGAAAUGGGCAAAGGAAGCAACAUGGUUUACAAACUGUACUGGUUCAUCGUGAAUCAGGAACUACCUCGAUCACAGCAACUGCAGCGGGCUACCAACAGGAACAUCUCGUUGCAGCGAAAGUUAAAUCCAAGUAUGAUCCCUUACUGCCUGUAUCGGCUACAAUUGAAUUGUUGCUUGUGGAAGAUGUUAAAGUCAUUCCGGAUAAUGUUACCAUUUACAACCAUCCAAAUGUUAAGGCAGAGCUUUCACUCAAGGAAGGAUCAGGAUAUUUUUUUAUCAAUACAAGUUCAAUGGACCUAGCAAGGGUAGCCUAUCAGGAGGCCCAGAGCAUUGCUCAGGUGUGGCCAAUUCAUCCAGGAACUUUGAGCGUCUUGGUCCACGACUUAUGCUUGGCUUUUCUGGAGCCUGCUAAAGCUGAAGUACACAUAUCAGAUAUUUUGGAGCUGUAUGUACGGGUUGUGGACAAGGUGGAGAUUUAUAACACCGUCAAAGCCUAUGUGCGAGUUUUGGAUUAUUCAAGAAAACCCUUCUUGUCCAAAUACUUAACAUUCAUGAAGUUAAAAUUGAAAGCAGCUUCUCAAAUACUUUCUUUGGAGCCACUUGAUGAAAUCCUUGACGAUUACACUGUUAGCUUUACUGUGAAAGGAAUCGCUAUUGGACUGACAAGUUUGACAGCAACUGUAGUAACCAAAACUGGCAAAAAACUAAGUUCUGCACCUCAACAAAUUGAAGUUUUCCAUCCUUUUCGAUUAAUUCCAAGAAAAGUAACACUCAUUGUGGGCGCAAUGAUGCAGAUUACUUCUGAAGGAGGACCGCAGCCUCAGUCCAAUAUUCUGUUCUCCUUAAGUGACCAGAAUCUUGCCACAGUGAAUAACAUUGGCCUUGUGAAGGGGCUUGCAGUUGGAAGUGGGAAGGUGAAAGGUGUAGUCCAAGUAAUUGAUGCUGAAAGUGGCAAAGUAGUGGUGAUUUCUCAGGAUGAAGUAGAUGUGGAAGUCAUUCAGCUUAAAGCUGUGAGAAUCCAUGCACCCAUUACAAGAAUGAAAACUGGCACUUGGAUGCCAAUCUAUGUAAUGGGAAUUACUAGCAAUCAAACGCCAUUUGCAUUCGGCAGUGCAAUACCUGGACUGACAUUUCAUUGGUCUGUAACGAAAAGGGACAUCAUUGACCUUGAAACAAGACAUUCUGAGGCAUCUUUUCAACUUCCAGCACGUUACAACUUUGCAUUGAAUGUGUACAGUCGUGUCAAAGGCAGAACUGGACUGAAAGUUGUUGUAAAAACCACAGAUCCUGCAGCUGGACAAUUUGAGAACAGUGCAAUGGAAUUGUCAGAUGAAGUGCAAAUUCAGGUGUUUGAGAAGCUGCGGUUGCUCAACCCUAAAGUUGAACCACAGCAGAUAUUAAUGUCGCCAAACUCUUAUUUGAAACUUCGAACAAAUCGGGAUGGAGCAGCUUCUCUUAGUUACCAAGUACAAGACUAUUCUGAUAAAUUUCCUGUGGUACAAGUUGAUGAAAAUGGACUUCUGACUUCUGGUUCCAUAACUGGAUCUUCUACAAUUGAAGUGAACUCUGAAGAACAGUUUGGCAUCAAUCAGACUGUCACUGUUGCUGUUAAGGUUGCACCUGUCUCGUACUUGAGGAUCAGCACAAGUCCUGUAAUACACACAAUCAACAAGGAAUCUGCACUGGUUAUUCCAGUGGGAAUAACUUUAACAUUAACUGUCCAUUUCCAUGACAGCUCUGGAGAUCUCUUUGACGCACAAAAUACCAUGAUAAAUUUUGCUAUGAACAGGGAUGAUCUGCUGCAAAUUGGCAAAGGAACAACAAAUAAUACCUUUAUAAUAAGGACUGUAAAUGUUGGACUGACUUUGCUGAGCGUGUGGGAUGCAGAACACAUUGGCAUUGCUGAUUAUGUUCCCUUGCCUGUUGAACACUUCAUCCAUCCGGAAUUGCAGGGAGAACUAGUUGUUGGUGAUGUUAUAUGUUUCAGCAGUAAUCUCGUUAAUGGAGAAGGGCAACUUGGAGUUUGGAGUUCAUCUUCCAGUAACAUUCUUCAGAUUAGCCCUAAAACUGGCACAGCAGUUGCGAGAGAUUCGGGGCUUGUCACGGUAUAUUAUGAUAUACCAGGACAUAUCAAAACUUACAGAGAGCUGGUGAUUAGGAAUGCAGGCAAGACUCUUGUUCAACUGCAGAGUGGUGUGCGUCUGACGACCCAGGCUGAGUCUGUGCCAUUCAAGUUUCCCAUUAUCGUAGGAGAGAACAGUAGCAACAUGAAAGGAGACUGUACAGCAGCACAUGUGGAAGCAAUUGAUCAAAUACAUCCAGAAUCCAUUUUGACUUGCAAUCUGCAAUUUCUUAAUGCAGUAGAAAUACCAGCUGAAGAUGUGUUUAAUGUCCAGACAGGAUUUGAUGCACAUACAGGACAUUACACCUGCGCUGUUACAAUGCAGAAAUUGACGAAUGACCAACUGAAAGUGCUGAGCAAAGCCAAAACCUCAGUCAAUAUUAAAGCUUCGAUUCUUAAUGUCCAAUCUAUUGGAGAACAAAUCGGCGCUGAUAUCCCAUUUUUACCUGAUUUUUACACUGACCAGUCAGAAAUACUUUUAAGUAACCUACAUACAACUACUGAUGUGAUAGUGUUUGGAACUUCUGAAAUUCUGGCAAACUUGGAGGUUACACCAGGAUCAUCACUGAUAGUUGUUAAAGAAAAGGAAAAAAUCUUUGGAUCACAUUGCUAUGUGAAGUUAGCAGUCUCCUUGUCUGACAUUCGAUUCAUAAGCCAUGGUCCAAUAUCAACCACUCUUGAUAUUUCCAACUCGAUGACAGACCAGUCAAUGACUCUUCCAGUCAAAGUUUUGUACAUUUCUGAUAAAGAUAUUGAAGCACAAUCUGACAUGUCAGCGACUCGUUUGGAAGGUGGAGUUUUCCAGCAGUUCAUUAAUUCCUACCAAGUCAUGUUCUUCACAUUCUUCGCUCUCCUCACUGGGACUGCAGUCAUGGUUAUCGCCUAUCAUGCAUUCUUUUCACCACGGGAUCAAUUUCAUCAUCCAGCAUUUGCACGAAUCUCAUCCCCACAGCUAGCAGGGUUUACGCCAAGCCCGACUCACUUCAAUACAAGCUCGGCUCACUUCAAUGCAAGCCCAUCUACCAGCAGUAGAAGCAGUCCUCGAACGCGACUGUGGACGGAUCAUCCAUCCUAUUGAUCUCAAGGAGAAAGCAGUUGACAUGAAGAAAGUUUUGUCUACUACAGCACAGGAACAUUUGUUGACCAUCUUUCUAAAUUGUGGUACCUUGUGCUGUUGCCAAUUUCUAAUAUGUAUUCAUCCCUACCUCAGUUUGAUCACUUGUUAGUGUAUGGUUGUCAGAGACCUGUUUGUGCUGCAGUGUCUGCCUAAUGGGUAGAUUCAGCUGGCUGUUGAAUAACACGGACAACAUUGCCCUACACUACUUGCCCAGGCCUGAUGUUCACGAAGAGGCUUUGCGGUAUGGUUGUGGUACAGUGAUCAGAAGAGAAACUCUUCGCUGCACAGAAGCAAAAAGGACAUCUCACGAGGGUCUGUGUACUUAUUGAAGUUUAAGUUGGGUAAUUGAACGGAGACCAGCGAUUGAGUCAAGGUCUGCAUGGCUCAGAUAUUUUACAGAUAUAAUGUUCAGCUUUAAGGAAGCUUUUCUAUGUCUCCCCAGCACAUUGAGAUGAAAGAUCCUAACAAAUGUGCAACUCAAUGGAAAAAUGUACAUUGUGUUAGAUAAAUGAGUUUGCUGUGCUCAUAAUCAGUCCACCAUUUGUAAUAAAGACUGCUAUUCAAAUUAGAAUUUUAACCGUUUUCACCCGCAUUGCUUGGUUAACACUGCAGAAUGUUUUUUUUACUGUGUGAAUUUAAAACAAAAAGAUACUACUAUGAAGUAGUGCCCAUUUGCAAAGAAAAAUGUGUGAAUAUCCUUGUUUGAGCUGUUGCAUUGCAACUGAAUUACAUUAUUUUGUGAAAUUGUAAGAGCAUUUAUCUUGACAAAAUUGAUUUGUGGUUUUAACUUGUAUAUUUGGAUCAUCUCAGCAAAGGUUAAGAGCCUUCAAGAUCAGUGAAUGGAAACUUUUCCAGAUCAGUGAAUGGACACUUUUCAAUUGCAUACCAGAUAUCAUUUGGAAAAUAUGCAACUUUAUUUUCUCAGGCAGCGUACAAUGUGAAAAUGUUAUUUUCUUCAGCUACUGUUCCACAAAAGCAACCCUUGUAGUUGGAAUGUGAUAAAAUGUGAAGACUGUCUUAAAUGCUAAGUGUACUUGAAUCGACCAAAAGCUGAGCAUCAGGCAGUCCUUUAAUUUGCCCUACUUCACCGGCUCUUGUGUUGUGACUUUAACUUAGUAUCAUGGACGUGCCUUAAAAACCACUGCAACAAAAGAACAAUAGAUAUAAUUGGGUGUGAUUAUUUUUCUACUUUCUUAAUUUAAUGCUUUCAUAGUGAUUUACUGCUGUUUUUUUAUGUGCUUGGCAAAUAAUAAAUGUCACCAAAAUCAUUCCUUAA